UAACAGAAGCUCAGAAAGGCGGAGGGAGGAGGUGUAGGAGGAGCAGCAGCAGCAGGAGGAGGUGGAGGAGGAGGAGGCCAUGGCUGGACAAUGACUGACGUGGAAAGUGUCAGGAGUGAGUAACAAAGUUCAGCGUGGGUUAAAAACAAUAAAAAAAUAGAAAAUAAAAGCUCCACCUGCUGCCCCCGGAGCGCCGCCGCGUGUGUGGCCGGACACGGCGCCAUGAGCCUGGACAAAGCGAAGCUGUGCGACUCGCUGCUGACCUGGUUGCAGACGUUUCAGGUGCCGUCAUGCAACAGCAAGCAAGACCUGACGAGCGGAGUGGCCAUCGCACACGUGCUGCACAGGAUAGACCGCUCUUGGUUUAAUGAGACGUGGCUCGGCAGGAUCAAGGAGGAGAGCGGGGCCAACUGGCGCCUCAAGGUCAGCAACUUGAAAAAGAUUCUGAAGAGCAUGCUGGAAUAUUAUCAUGACGUGCUCGGGCACCAGGUAGCAGAGGAGCACCUGCCGGACGUGAACCUCAUCGGAGAGAUGGGAGACGUCACUGAACUGGGGAAGCUGGUGCAGCUCGUGCUGGGCUGCGCCGUCAGCUGUGAGAAGAAACAAGAGCAAAUCCAGCAGAUAAUGACGCUGGAGGAAUCCGUCCAGCACGUUGUGAUGACAGCCAUUCAGGAGCUUUUAUCAAAGGAGCCUUCAUCAGAACCGGGAAGUCCAGAGACCUACGGGGACUUUGACUACCAGUCCAGGAAGUAUUAUUUUCUAAGUGAGGAGGCGUACGACAAGGAGGACCUGAGCCAUCGCUGUCGAGACCUGGAACAUCAGCUGUCGGUGGCUCUGGAGGAGAGGUCGUCCCUGCUGGCCGAGACCCGCUCCCUGAAGGAGAAGCUGAGUCGCAGCGACUCUCUGGACGCCUCCACCACGGCCAUCACUGGCAAGAAGCUGCUGCUGCUGCAGAGUCAGAUGGAGCAGCUUCAGGAGGAGAACUACAGGCUGGAGAACAGCAGGGACGACAUGCGUGUGCGGGGAGAGAUUCUCGAACGCGAGGUCACCGAGCUGCAGCUGCGUAACGAGGAGCUGACCAGCCUGGCGCAGGAGGCCCAGGCCCUCAAAGACGAGAUGGACAUCCUCAGGCACUCGUCUGACCGGGUGAACCAGCUCGAAACGCUGGUGGAGACGUACAAGAGGAAGCUGGAGGAUCUGGGCGACCUGCGCAGACAGGUGCGCCUCCUGGAGGAGCGCAACACCGUGUACAUGCAGCGCACCUGCGAGCUGGAGGAGGAGCUGCGCCGGGCCAACGCCGUCCGCAGUCAGCUGGACACCUACAAGAGACAGGUUCAUGAGCUUCACACCAAGCACUCAGCGGAGGCCAUGAAAGCUGAGAAAUGGCAGUUUGAGUACAAGAACCUUCACGACAAGUAUGACGCACAGCUGAAGGAGAAAGAACGUCUGAUCUCGGAGAGAGACACACUGCGGGAGACGAACGACGAGCUCAGGUGUGCCCAGGUGCAACAGAGAGGUCUCAGCGGAGCCGGAGGCCUGUGCGACAGUGAUGUCACAGUGGGAAACCUGGCUGCAGAGAUCAUGCCCGCUGAGCUCAAGGAGACGGUGGUGCGUCUGCAGAGCGAAAACAAGAUGCUGUGCGUCCAGGAGGAGACCUGCAGGCAGAAAGUCGUGGAGGCGCAGGCCGAGCUGGAGGACGCUCAGCGCAGCAAGAACGCUCUGGAAACUCAGAACAGACUAAACCAGCAGCAGAUCUCAGAGCUGCGUUCACAGGUGGAGGAGCUCCAGAAAGCGCUUCAGGAGCAGGACAGCAAGACUGAAGAUGCCAUCUCGUCCUUACUGAAGAAGAAGCUCGAGGAGCAUUUGGAGAAGCUCCAUGAAGCUCACUCAGAUCUCCAAAAGAAGCGAGAGGUCAUCGAUGACCUCGAGCCCAAAGUGGACAGCAACAUGGCGAAGAAGAUCGAUGAACUCCAGGAGAGCCUGCGGAAGAAGGACGAGGACAUGAAGCAGAUGGAGGAGCGGUACAAACGCUACGUGGAGAAGGCGAGAACGGUGAUCAAAACUCUGGAUCCAAAGCAGCCGGUCACCGCGACUCCGGACGUUCAGGCCCUGAAAAACCAGCUGACGGAGAAGGAGAAGAAAAUCCAGCACCUGGAGCAUGACUACGAGAAGAGCAGAGCCAGGCAUGACCAGGAGGAGAAACUCAUCAUCACGGCGUGGUACAACAUGGGGAUGGCGUUGCAUCAGAAGGUUUCUGGCGAGCGGCUCGGCCCCUCUAACCAGGCCAUGUCCUUCCUCGCCCAGCAGCGACAGUCCACCAACGCCAAGAGAGGCCUGACGCGACACCACCCGAGAUAAAACGUCCGGACGGGCAGAUGAGGUGACUCCACCUGAACUCCCUGUACCUGUUUUUGUUGCCUUCUUCGACUGGAUCGCUGCACCUCAGAGAGAGUAUUCCUCAUGCUGCUACUGCCCCCUGCUGGCUCUUUGAUCAGUUUGUUUCUCCGUAGAGCCUCAGAGGAGAACGAGACACUGAACAAAAGAGGCUGUCUCACCUUUUAAGGUGACUUUUAUUUCCUCUGUAGCCUCUUGAACUCUUUCCUGUUUGUUUUAAACCUUUUUUUUUAGUUAGUCUUUUAUGUUAAACAAUAAGCUGGAAUGUGAAGUAGACAUGUCGAGGUUACAGUUAGGAGUUAUUACGAAAGCUACGCAGCCUAUAAACUGAUGUUUGUUUAGAAUUUUCUUUUAUUUUUGUCUUCUCGUGUUUUUGAGGUGAGUUCUUUCUUUUUUUUUAAUCCGAAGGACCUCGAAAAGAUGUAAAAGAUCAUGAGGGUGUGUUUAAUGGCUUUUAGUUUUUGUCCUCUUUGUAUUCACUUGAAUCUUUUUUUCUCUAAACACCAAAGCACUUUCCUUACUUAGAACGGUGGGUUUGUCCUCGGGUGCCUCGCUGAAAAAUACUUUAAAACUGCUCCCUCUGUGGACGAGACUGAAGUUUGAGAUACUCCUCGUCUCUCUUAACGUACACGUCGCACUGCAGGCUCGUGAUUUUUCAUUCGUUGCCUGUAAAUUUACUUUUAGAUUUGAUAUUUUUGCUUCCCAAAGAUUUAAACAGGGUGUUGGUUGUAGGUACGAUCUAAAUGCACUCACCACUUUAGACUCUGAUGUCUCUCAGACUGGAAAACUACUAACAAUGUGAUCUAAAAAACACUAAGAUGACUCAGCUCGUGGCUGUUUAUCACCUCAUUUGGAAGUAAGUGUACUCGUCGAUACGCUGGAAUUCCUGCCUGCUGACAGGAUGUCGGAGGCGGGUUUAAAGGUUGCGCCUCCGUAAAUAGACGGCGCUUUUAUUAACGCUAACCUUUUUGUUCUUUUUCAAGUCGUUUUUAGUGCGUCCCAUCUCAGAGCUAAGACCCUUUCUGCGCCUCGUCCCUGUGAAUAUUUGUGCUGACCGUCUACGCCGACCAGAAUCCUGCUGUUGUUGUGUGCACACGUUUGCUUUAAGUUGAUAUUUAUGGCGUUUAAAUCAUGAUCUUUGCUACACGUUUGCAUGGUUUGAAGGGGUUAACUCAUAGUGUUUUUGUUUGUGUCAUUACUGGUCCGGUAGAUUAUAGCAGAAUGUCCUUCACAUGGGGAUCUGAGGCAAGUUCAAGAUUUGUAGUCCUGUUCUACUUUUGCACUACAAAUAAAUGGGAUCUUAAGAUAAAA